GAGAUUAUUAUUAAUUCCUGAUUCAGGAGAAUCAGGAUUCCGUGACAUACCUCUGGAACAAUAACAGUAUUGAUUUUCCACUUUCUACAAAAAGAAAUUCGUUCUGUGCGGAAAAAGUGAAUAAUUUGGGGUGAAAAUGGGCAAUUCGGACGAUAUGUUGUCCAUGAACAACCUCUAUGAGCAUGAUUUGCAUGAUAAUGCAGAGAAUCAAGAUUGUCCGGAUAUUGUGUUCACCUACGAUGAUACUGAUGGCCAUAUGGCCGAAAUUGCAGAGCUCUACAGCUACACAGAGCAUCCUGAGUUCUCGCGGAAUGUUAAGGCAUUCGAGGAUCAAAUGGAGUCCUUCAAUCUCCCACCUAGUUGGCAGAAAUUGUCUGACGAGCAAAAGAAAUCAAUUAUUUUGAAGUUGAUGGAUCAGUUGGACAUGUCAACAAAGAGUGUACGCAUGAAGGCUGCUCGGUGCAUCCUGUACCUAGCCCAGGGAUGCUGGGCUGAGGUACAGUCGGACAGUGAACAGCAACAGAUGGCACGAAGUAAUGUAAUGCUGCUGUAUGAGAUGGGAAUCUUUUCGAUAUUUGUGGAACUUCUGAGUCUUGAGAUAGAGAAUGCAACAACUGCUAAUGUUGCUAUGAGGAAGGUAGCAGUCUCCUUGGCGGAUUCUGUGGAUCUUCGUGUUAUUCUAUCAGUUCUCUACAUCAUCACAGAGGUCAUCCGGAAUGAGAUGACUGGGGAACUCGAGGAAUACAAGCAUGUGGUUGAAAAUUUCAGACAAGAGCUCCUGAAUCCACUUGACGACGAAAUCCUCAUUGUAAAGCUCUUAGUGAUGAUUACGAGAUUCUGCAGUGGAUCAGCACCACACUUUCCCAUGAAGAAAGUGCUGCUGCUCCUCUGGAAGAUUUCUCUGGUCAGUCUUGGUGGCAUGGAAACGCUCAAAAAGGCAAAAAAUGAAUACCGCAAAAAAGCGGGUUUGCCACCGAUGACGGAUGAUACCCUGGAGGUGGGCAAGACAAUGCGGGCCAGCACCCCGCCUGCCCUUGCGUCUGAUAUGAUUGACAAUCAGAAUCCAAAGCGCAAUCGUCCUUUCAGACGAGUACGUACGAACGAUAUGUUGCAAGAGAGUUUGAUGAAGCAGAGCUCACUGGAUGAGCAGGAACAGAUCAACAUGGACGUAGAGACGCCACAGUCAGAGAGUGAGGAGGAAAUUUCGGAGUACUAUCGCACUUAUGACGAUCCCACAUCACUGAAUUCCGACACAUCGAGCACGGGCAAUGGGGCUGAUACGAAAAUGGGGAAUUCCAGUAAGCCCGAUUGGAUGUUCAGCCCAGAGCCACAAUUGCGUGUUGCUAGUCGACUCCCGUGGACGCCGAAGGUGCGUCAGAAGGACAUUGAUAUGUUCCUCACUGUGUCCAGGACUAAAUUUAUCGGGUUCUCGCUUCCGGAUGAGCGAGGGAGUCUCGCUGGGCUGCCGCAGCCAAUCCUUGAGAGUGUGAAGAUACUAAAGAAGCACAUUUACGUCAGCCUGGCAGAUGUGCAGAUAAAGAAGGAAGAGGAAAUUGCACGGAAUCCCGUGUCGACGUCUGAAGGGGAGAUUGAGAUGACUCCCGCGGAAAUACUCUAUCAAGCAAUUCUUCCCAAUCUCCCUCAGUGCAUGAUUGCUCUCCUCAAGAUCCUUCUGGCUGCUGCACCAACAUCCAAGGCUAAAACUGAAAGUAUCAACAUUAUGGCUGAUGUUCUUCCUGAAACAAUGCCCAUUACUGUGACGCAAUCAACAAAGCUGGGAAUUGAUGUGAAUCGUCACAAGGAAAUCAUCGUAAAGGCCGUUUCGGCAAUUCUUCUGCUCUACUUGAAGCAUCUCAAAAUUAAUCAUAUUUAUCAAUUUGAAUUUAUGUCGCAACAUCUUGUUUUUGCAAAUUGCAUUCCGCUCGUGCUGAAAUUCUUCAAUCAAAACAUUACGGAUUAUGUAGGGAGUAAGAACACCAUCCCAAUAAUGGAUUUCCCAGCAUGUGUCAUUGGAGAGCAGCCGGAACUUAAUUCUGACAGUAUGGUCAUUGGGGACUCAGCUCCAUAUUCCUGGCGCAACAUUUUCUCGUGCAUCAACCUCCUGCGCAUACUCAAUAAGCUAAUUAAGUGGAAACAUUCACGCAUCAUGAUGCUGGUUGUAUUCAAAUCAGCACCAAUUCUCAAGCGAACGCUCAAAGUACGGCAUGGGCUAAUGCAGCUCUAUGUGCUGAAGUUGCUGAAGAUUCAAACAAAGUAUUUGGGGCGACAGUGGCGGAAGGUGAAUAUGAAGACCAUUAGUGCAAUCUACUCCAAAGUUAGGCAUCGACUUAAUGACGAUUGGGCUUUUGGAAAUGAUCUCGAUGCUCGUCCGUGGGACUUUCAAGCUGAAGAGUGCACCCUCCGUACGUGCGUGGAUAGAUUCAAUAAUCGUCGGUACCUUUCACCGGGGGCAAAUGGAAGCAAUCGCGGUGCCUCUGGGCAGGGUGAUAUGAUCGAUAUUGACUGGGUGAUUGAAUUCUGUGCGAGUAGUCUGUAUGGGAAUCAAGGGCGUUGCUUGCAGACUGCAGCAGCAUACAGUAUCGACGAUGUAGAGCUGACUGAGGACUUUAAGGAGCAUUACCAUCUCUGGCUUGAGGAGGAAGUCUACAAUAUGAACAUCAAUUGGGAUGCUCUCAUGGUGAAAGUUGAAUAAGCUAAAAAAAAAAUCUCAUUUUCAAUGCUUUUUUUUGUAAAAUGCUGCCCCUCUUUGCAUGCGGGCAAAACAAAAAAAACAUACAAAAUUAUUAAAUUUUAGUGUUUCCCCAGA